CAAAACCCUAGUUUGGACGAUCAAUCAUCAGAGUAUACAAUUACAACCGCCUCCCCCUUCAACGUGGUAGAAGGAUCAGCGUAUCUAGCACCUUGUAACAAUGGGAAAAGGAACAGGGAGUUUUGGUAAAAGAAGGAACAAAACACACACUCUAUGUGUGCGCUGUGGUCGUCGCAGCUUCCAUCUCCAAAAGAGCCGAUGCUCUGCUUGUGCUUACCCUGCUGCUCGCGUCAGGAAAUAUAACUGGAGUGUGAAAGCGAUUCGUAGGAAGACAACCGGAACUGGACGUAUGAGGUAUCUCCGUAAUGUGCCUCGCCGAUUCAAGAGCAACUUCAGAGAAGGUACUCAAGCUGCUCCGAGGAAGAUUGGUGCUGCAUCAUCAGCUUAACUUUCAAAUUUAGUUCGUGAUCAAGUUUUGUGGAACAUCAUUAGAUGUGCUUAAUAUAUUGACUUUCAGUUGUAAUUUUUCAAGUCUGUUUAGAAAUUUGUGUUUUUUAAUCAAUGAUUAAAUGAUACAUACACUCGCAUUGUUUUUAAUCUUACGGUUUUAGUGACAAAUUAGU